AUGCCCUCCGACUCCUUUUCGAGUUUCGUGCAAGAACUAGUAACUACACACUCUUGCUUGCCCCCCGACGAACCUGCGUGGCCUUCGCUGAUUCGAGAGGCUUCCGGCGGGACAAGUGCGAUUUCAGUUUUGGCCUGCUCUUGUGUACCUAUCGCUUCGUCUUCAGUGCCUUCAAUACCGCACUGGGUAUCUGCAUUGUCUUCGGAUACGAGACAAAUGGACCUCGACAAGACCGGCUGCCCCGCCUCGCAAGCCGCAUUUCGAAGAGGGCUAGGGUGGACGGAUGUGCAACGGAACGGCAAAGCUUGGGCAAUGACUGUCGACGAGGAAGAGUACGAGUAG